UCCUGGCCAACCCUUUCGGCUGGCGGCGCGAUGACUGCUUGGAGCGAGCGGGCACGCUUAAAGCGAGCCUCCUGGCAUGCUUUCUAGCAACAGCGCAGGCAAUGCGAAACCUAAUUCUCGGUGGGGACGCGAGCGGGACACCGCCCGAGGGAACCCGAGUUGCGGGUGGUCGUGAAGCAGGCAGUCAGAGGGGAGUUCUCGUUAGUGAAUGACAGAAGCCUUGAUGCACUCCGGCAGGGUCUGCGGACUCGCGGGGUCCUAUGGGGCGCUGGCGGUAUCUCGGGGCCCCUGGAGAGUUGGAGGCGGAGGCGGGGAAGAAGGCAAGACAGCGCCCCGAGGUACCGAAGAGCCCUUUAACGUGUGCGUGCGCCUGUGCAUGGACGGGCCAAAGCGGUGCCUCCAGCUGCUGUUCAUGAGGCAGAACAAGACCAUAGGUGGAAGGCAUCAGAAACUCAUUCAUGCCCCUUUUUAUAGGUAAGCAGGGUGGAUAAUGAGG